GUCCCGUUCUACUCCUACGUCCUACGUUCUACGUCCUACGUUCUACGUUCUACGUCCUACGUUCUACGUUCUACGUCGUUUUGUGUAUGGUGUCAGUGUAUGGUGCACAGUGUACGGAGUAUGUUGCUGUAUGUGACAACCAUGAUUGUCAGAAUGGGAUUUGUGUGGCAGACCAAUCUAGUAUCAGAGGAUACACGUGUAACUGUACUAUUGGCUUUGUCGGGAACAAUUGUCAAGUUGCUGUAUGUGACAACCAUUAUUGUCAGAAUGGGAUUUGUGUAGCAGACCAAUCUAGUAUCAGGGGAUACACGUGUAACUGUACUAUUGGCUUUGUCGGGGACAAUUGUCAAGUUGCUGUAUGUGAAAACAAUGAUUGUCAGAAUGGAAUUUGUAUGGCGGACCAAUCCAGGAUAAGAGGAUACACGUGUAAAUGUACUAUUGGCUUUGACGGGGAUAAUUGUCAAGUUGAUGUAUGUGACAACCAUGAUUGUCAGAAUGGGACUUGUGUGGCAGACCAAUCAAAGAUAAGAGGAUACACGUGUAACUGUACCAUUGGCUUUGACGGAGAUAAUUGUCAAGAUAAAAAACUUUGCGACAAUUGCAUUGAAUGCCCAGAUGUGAUAAUUAUACCCUCGGGGUAA